CACGUAUUCCUCGCCACUUACCACUCUUCAAUUCCUCAUUUCAAGGGAGAGAGUGUAUCAGUGUUUCUUCCCCUCUUUUACUUAAUUUCUCUCCGCCAUGGCUCUCUCCGUCGAGAAAACCGCCGCCGGCCGUGAGUACAAGGUCAAAGACAUGUCUCAGGCUGACUUCGGUCGUCUCGAGAUCGAGUUAGCUGAGGUUGAAAUGCCUGGUUUAAUGGCUUGUAGAACCGAGUUCGGCCCUGCCCAACCUUUCAAAGGAGCCAAAAUUACUGGUUCUCUUCACAUGACCAUCCAAACCGCCGUUCUUAUUGAAACCCUUACCGCCCUCGGAGCUGAAGUCCGUUGGUGCUCUUGCAACAUUUUCUCUACCCAAGACCACGCUGCCGCUGCCAUAGCUCGUGACUCCGCCGCUGUUUUCGCUUGGAAAGGGGAGACCCUCCAGGAAUACUGGUGGUGUACUGAGAGAGCCCUUGAUUGGGGUCCUACUGGUGGACCUGAUCUGAUCGUCGAUGAUGGUGGUGAUGCUACUUUGUUGAUCCACGAAGGUGUUAAAGCUGAGGAAGUUUAUGAGAAAACUGGUCAACUCCCAGAUCCGGCUUCGACUGAUAACGCUGAGUUUCAGAUUGUUUUAACCAUUAUCAGAGAUGGGUUGAAAGCAGAUCCCAAGAAGUAUAGAAGGAUGAAGGAGAGAUUGGUAGGUGUUUCUGAAGAAACUACAACUGGAGUUAAGAGGCUUUAUCAGAUGCAGGCCAACGGUACCUUGUUGUUCCCUGCCAUUAAUGUCAAUGACUCUGUUACUAAGAGCAAGUUCGAUAACUUGUAUGGAUGCCGUCACUCACUUCCCGAUGGUUUGAUGAGAGCUACUGAUGUGAUGAUUGCCGGCAAGGUCGCCGUUGUCUGUGGUUAUGGUGAUGUUGGAAAGGGUUGUGCUGCUGCCUUGAAGCAAGCCGGUGCUCGUGUCAUUGUUACUGAGAUUGAUCCCAUCUGUGCCCUUCAGGCUCUUAUGGAAGGACUUCAGGUUUUGACCCUAGAAGACGUUGUCUCCGAGGCUGAUAUCUUCGUCACCACAACUGGUAACAAGGACAUCAUCAUGGUUGAUCACAUGAGGAAGAUGAAGAACAAUGCCAUUGUUUGCAACAUUGGUCACUUUGACAAUGAAAUCGAUAUGCUCGGUCUUGAGAACUAUCCUGGUGUUAAACGCAUCACCAUUAAGCCUCAAACCGAUAGGUGGGUCUUCCCUGAAACCAAAACUGGCAUCAUUGUGUUGGCUGAAGGACGUCUGAUGAACUUGGGAUGUGCCACUGGACACCCAAGUUUUGUCAUGUCCUGCUCGUUCACUAACCAGGUGAUUGCCCAGCUCGAGCUAUGGAAGGAGAAGGCAACUGGAAAAUAUGAGAAGAAGGUUUACGUAUUGCCAAAGCACCUCGACGAGAAAGUUGCUGCACUUCACCUCGGCAAGCUCGGAGCUAAGCUCACUAAGCUCACUAAAGAUCAAGCUGAUUACAUUAGUGUGCCUGUUGAAGGUCCUUACAAGCCUCCUCAUUACAGGUACUGAGGGGGACAGUUAAUGAGUUUUUAUCGAGAAAGAAAAAGCAUCCGGAUGGUUUGAUUGUUUCUUGUUUUACUGAAAUUUCAUGAUGGUUAGGUUUUUGUUUUAUUUUUGGAGUUCUUUUUUGUGUUUGGGUGAUGGGAAAGUGUCUGGGGAUGGGAAAAUGAUGUGGGAUUUGGUCUCUUCUUGUUUGAAGAUGACCAAAUGGUUUGAAAUAAAAGUGUUUUGAGGUAUGUGUGGAAGAAUAUAUAGUAUUUGCCAUAAUGCAGUCAUGUUUUGCUGCAUUGCUUUUUUUAAA